AUGCAGUUUGCUUGGCAGAUUGCUGGUGGUAUGGAAUUCCUUUCUUCUAACAAGGUAAUGGCAAAGAACGAAAGAUUUUGUAUGAAGCAUCAAUAUCGGGCGUUUACUAUCGAACCGGAUUUGCCCUUGACUAAUAGUUUAAAAGCCCGCCUCGAUAAUAUUUCAUUAGUCUGCGUUGCAGCCGGCCCAUGCAGUUUUCUAAACAAUUUGUAUAGUCCGUCUGUAAAUUAGUGUACAAAAGCUCUUUCUAACAUCUACAGAGUCGCAAGGACAUAUGUGAGCGUUUCUGAACGGGUUUCUUAAGAGUUUUUUAUGCGCCUCACGAUUGGCCUAAUUUUUACGUGUGCGUGACGGUUGGGCGCAGUUACAAGUCAAAAUUCACAGGAGGGAGUUAACAAGGAUCGUUUACGGUCAAAAAAUGAAAGAGAAGUUCGAUCUUUAAAGCCUUCUUCUGAACAAAAAAAUGCUUUGAGAGAAAUCCUUUAAGAACAGCAUUUGCUUGUAAAUUUGCCGACUGGUUUUCCAGCGUCUUCAAUUGCUGCGAAUGCACUGCCGCGUAUUCUGCAAUCAAGUCGACAGUUCUAGCGUCAAAACAAAUCAAGAAAUCAUGACAUUGACGGUCUAAAACACUACACACAUGUAGUUAUUCAGGUCCAGGCAUUUCGAAGAAAAGCAAAGAAAGUAAGCUUAGGGCUUACACAAAGGCAAAAGAUACUAAUUCAAUGGUAAACUGCAUCUGUGAUCAAAUCCUGUCAGAAAUGAAAAAAAUUAUUUUGCCGAAGUAUAAACCACAAGAACUAAUUACUCAAUAUGCAUGGAACAGACCAGCUUCAUAAUCUCUAAAUGUGAGACUCAAAGCGGCUCAGUCAAAAUGUAAAAUGCUUCAUGCACUGCAUAAACUACGCAAAAAGCGAGCAAGAAAAUCCUCUGUCUUUCAAACUGACUCUAGCUAAGGUCACGUUGAACACUAUCACGAGCUCGAUCUCUCUUGUCAUGAGCCAUUAGUCGUGUUUGUGUCCUGUCAACACUUAAUUCAAAUCGGACUAAUCACAAACUGCGUAAGAAACUAGCCAAUCAAAAACGCCGACAAAUGUCUUUAAUUUGCGACUCUCUAAGAUUCGAACACGAUAUUGUGCAUAUAAUUUGCAGACGCUCUGUACAGAAACUUUAGAGCGUCUGCGACGCAGGCAACAUUUCACAAGAAGUCAUUUUCUUUCGUUCUGCAUUUUUUGUCUUACUGAAUUUUACUUUUCUCCGUCUUUAUGGAAGGUAAUCCAUCGUGACUUGGCAGCAAGAAACGUUUUGGUUGGUGAAGGAGAGAAAUGUGAAGUUACAGAUUUUGGAAUGGCAAGGGAUGUUUACCGAGAUAACAUUUACACAAAGAAAAGUCGGGUUAGUACUUAAAACCCAAUUCUUCAUCUUAUCUCCUUUUCAACACAGGAAAAUACAUCGGGGGGAAAUUUCAUAGUCAGUCAGUCAGUCACUCAUAACCUGUAGCUUAGAGCUCAAAUGGAACUGUAAAAAGCUUUGACUGGAUAACUGUUGGUACUUUGAUGUAAACGAAAGGAACAGAAAUAAAGAUGUGACUUUUUUGUAUCCAAACGAAUAUGGAACUUGGAAACGAACGUUUAACUUUAACCUUUUAAAUGAACUCUACAGGGUCGGCUGCCAGCGAAAUGGACUGCUUACGAGGCUUUACUUUAUGGGACAUAUACUACUCAGAGUGACGUGUAAGUAUUUUACAAGCGGGAUGAUUGUUUAUGGAGCCUAAUUUUAACCCUCCAACGAUGACCCCGUUUAGUUAAAAGCGCGUACUACUUUGUGGCGCGUUUUAUCGUUUGGUACAGCUGUAGGUGAUUCUAUUCUGAUUUAAUCGUUUUUUUUUUUAAUGCUAUCCCCUGUUUUUACGUUAUAUUUUCAGGUGGAGUUUUGGCGUUGUUCUGUACGAGAUAUUUAGUGUGGGUAUGUUUGCUUUUGUCAAAUGGUUACUGAGUAAAGAUAACUCUAUACUUAACAUUAUAAUUGGACAUGUGACCUUAUGAAUCAUAGCUUGCAAUCAGUCGAAUGAGUAAUGACACGGUACUUUGCAUUUGCUGUGUAAGUAAGAAAACUUAUUGAUUAUUUUAAGUAUUCCCUUAAGAGGGUGUGAAUGGGGUUAAACGACUAGCGACAAAGGGCGAAAAAUACUACCGACUACCGACAUGGACCGCCAUUAUCGAUAUUUGUUUUCAGAAAGAAGAGAUCAGAAGAGCAUUUUGUAUUUUUUCUAGCUUACUAUUUGGUUGGAGGAGCGUGGGAUCAUUUUGCAGAACAAUUUCCGGUACUCGAGCCCCCGAAACCUCCCGCUGUAAUACUUCAACCACGCUGUCUGUCCAGCCAUGAGUGGAAUCAUAAAAGUGAUAGUGAGUUUUUUCCGAAAAGGCGAAGGAGUCGCAAUCGAACGCCACCGUAGCCGGGUUCCGGUCCACAGAUAAACACACGACAAGAGUAUUCGAAUUUAAAAAACAUCAGACAAAACUUUCAAGUUACAAGUUUUGCACGUUUUAUGGGGCUCAAAGUCUUAAAACUACGUAAAUUUUAUAACAAACAUUAAUAAUUAACAUACAUUUUUAAUUAUUAACUGAGAUUUAACGACAAAGACCAUCCUCUUUUUUUUCUCCGUUUACCGUCAUCCAACCGACCCAAAUUUUUGACAUUUUCAAAAAAAAAAGGAACGACGUAGUUACACCAUUUUUAACUUGAAAUGAUUCUUUUAAUCUGAAAAAUGAGCAUGGUAUAUAGUAACAGCAUAGAGAAAAACAGGACCAAAAAGAUUAACAUUUUUCACAGUAUAUUGUACAUUUUGUUAAUCCAAAUAUGCGAAUGUUAACUUUUAACGUCGUCCAGGGGUACCAGGGCCAAUUAUUCCGAGACUUCUUGUGAUUUUUUUAUCCGACCGACCGACCCAAUAUCAAGAAACGAAUUCGAUAGUAAACGAAGAAAAAAAAGGGGGAUGGCCCAACCGACAAAGAUCGAAAAUUUUAACCGACUACCGACAAAGUGACUGAAUUUUAACCGACAACCGACAAGUGGACCCCCACCCAAUUCAGACCCACCUUAACAUAGAUGUAAUAAAAAAAUAUAGGAUUGGAAGCAAAUUAAGCACAAUUUUAAAAGUGACGGAGCUAUCUUAUCCUUGCAACCUCGCUGCUACGGUGUUUGCAGGUGGAUGUCCAUAUCCUGGCAUAGAAGGUGAUCAAAUUGCAAACAAACUGAAAGAUGGCUACAGGAUGCCAAAACCGAAACAUAUUGACCAGAAGCUGUGA